AAUGGCGGCGGUUGCAGGGGCCCAGCAGUAAAACCAAGAAGCAGCCGCUGAAUGAAGUCAGCUGAUCGCAGCCUGCUGUCACGCAUCGCAGCUCCCAACCUUUCUCUCUCGAGGCAAGACAGCAAACCACCACUUUACAACCAGACGUCAAACAAAGCCUGUAAAGAUGGACAUGUCCAAGCUGCCCAAGAUCAGGGAUGAGGAGAGAGAGAGCCAGUUUGGAUACGUUCAUGGAGUCUCCGGACCAGUGGUGACAGCCACAGCCAUGGCAGGAGCAGCCAUGUACGAACUGGUGCGUGUGGGCCACAGUGAGCUGGUGGGAGAAAUUAUCAGGCUGGAAGGAGACAUGGCCACCAUCCAGGUCUACGAGGAGACGUCUGGCGUGUCUGUGGGAGACCCCGUGCUGCGAACGGGGAAGCCUCUGUCUGUUGAGCUGGGCCCAGGAAUCAUGGGGUCUAUAUUUGACGGUAUCCAACGACCGCUAAAGGACAUCAACGACCUCACGCAAAGCAUCUACAUCCCCAGAGGUGUAAACAUUGGAGCCCUCAAUCGAGACCUCAAAUGGGAGUUUUCUCCCAGCAAAAGUCUGCGGGUCGGCAGUCACAUCACAGGAGGAGACAUCUAUGGAAUGGUCUUCGAGAACUCCCUCAUCAAGCACAAGAUCAUGUUGCCUCCUAAAAACAGAGGCACCGUAACUUACGUGGCUCCUCCUGGAAACUACGAUAUCAGUGAUGUGGUGAUGGAGCUAGAGUUUGAAGGUGUGAAGGAGAAGUUCACCAUGGUGCAGGUUUGGCCUGUCAGACAAGUGCGGCCCGUCACAGAGAAGCUACCAGCCAACCACCCGCUGCUGACCGGACAGAGGGUGCUCGAUGCCCUUUUCCCAUGUGUGCAGGGAGGAACCACUGCUAUCCCAGGAGCCUUUGGCUGUGGUAAAACUGUCAUCUCCCAGUCUCUGUCCAAGUACUCCAACAGCGACGUGAUCAUCUACGUAGGCUGUGGGGAGCGUGGAAAUGAGAUGUCAGAAGUACUGCGAGACUUCCCUGAGCUGACCAUGGAGGUUGAUGGGAAGACGGAGAGCAUCAUGAAGAGAACAGCUCUGGUGGCUAACACUUCCAACAUGCCUGUAGCUGCCAGAGAAGCCUCCAUCUACACAGGAAUCACACUGUCUGAGUACUUCAGAGACAUGGGCUACAAUGUGAGCAUGAUGGCCGACUCUACCUCCCGUUGGGCCGAAGCUCUCAGGGAGAUUUCAGGCCGUCUGGCUGAGAUGCCUGCUGACAGCGGUUACCCUGCCUACCUGGGCGCUCGUCUCGCCUCCUUCUAUGAACGUGCUGGACGAGUGAAGUGUCUGGGAAACCCUGAGAGGGAGGGCAGCGUCAGCAUUGUGGGCGCUGUGUCACCUCCUGGUGGUGACUUCUCUGACCCUGUUACUUCAGCUACACUUGGUAUUGUUCAGGUGUUCUGGGGUUUGGAUAAGAAACUGGCUCAGAGGAAACACUUCCCAUCUGUCAACUGGCUUAUCAGCUACAGCAAGUAUACUCGUGCACUGGAUGAAUAUUACGACAAGCACUUCCCUGAGUUUGUGCCCCUUCGUACUAAGGCCAAGGAGAUCCUGCAGGAGGAGGAGGAUCUGGCUGAGAUUGUGCAGCUUGUCGGAAAGGCGUCACUGGCAGAAACAGAUAAGAUCACCUUGGAGGUGGCCAAACUUAUCAAAGAUGAUUUCUUACAGCAGAACGGCUACACUCCAUAUGACAGGUUCUGCCCCUUCUAUAAGACAGUGGGCAUUCUGUCCAACAUGAUUGCCUUUUAUGACAUGGCGCGGCAUGCAGUGGAAACCACAGCUCAGAGCGACAACAAAAUCACCUGGGCAAUGAUCAGGGAGCACAUGGGAGAAAUCCUCUAUAGGAUCAGUUCAAUGAAAUUCAAGGACCCGAUGAAGGACGGUGAGGCUAAAAUCAAGGCCGAGUACGCUCAGCUGUUGGAGGACAUGCAGAAUGGUUUCCGUACAUUGGAGGAAUAGACUCACCCCUCGCACACCUUCCCAGUUUUCAUCUCUCACUCCUCCACCGCAGAAUCACAUUCCACCUCAUUGUAUUUCUCAAAUGUGUGUGCUCCCUGUGCCCCUUCGUGACUGUGUGAGAGUGCAUGAGUGCAGUUUCAUGUGGAGGGAAAAGAGAAAGAUGUACUGUAUUCAUUAUUAUUUGCUGCCUCACAUAGGGGUACUCUGGAUCCUCUGCAUGGUCAUUGAUUGUGUGUAAGUGUGUGUGCGUUCGAAAGAGCGAUCACUUAUGUUUCUUGUUUUUUCUGUUUACAUGAUUCUGUAGCCGUAUUGCGCUUCCUGAAGAGGAUUGUUCGGUUGAUGUAUUGUAAUUCAUAUACCAUCUGUACAGAAGAGUAUUGAAUAUAAAUUUAAUAAGAUCAGUCUAUUUAUUGCCAGCAUUUUGACGUGAAAGCUUUGUUGUUCUUUCUCUUUGUUUUUAUGAUUGUGUUUCAUGCUGUGCAGUGUUGUGUAUUCGCUGUGUGAAUGUGUACGAGUCGGACCGCGGCUCUCAGCUGUCCAAUACUUUACAUCAUGUGACUCCCAAAGAAUUAAAAAUGAAGAAAAAGAAUAGCAUUG